GAAGCGGGACAGUAGUAGCCUUCCGGACUCUGAGCUACGCAGGUGGACUUCUCUGACACUCACGCACCCACCCACUCACCCAGCUACCCGCCUAUUAGUCUCCCACGUGGACCUAGAGGAAGUGUAUAGAGAAGGCAGUAAUACGCCAAGAUAUUCAGUGUUUUCAAAGGUGUUUUCUUAAGGUUCCUGUGCCUUUUGUUAUUGUGGUGGUGGUAGUGGUGGUGGUGGUGUGUUUUGUGUUGUGGUUCUGUUACGCCUUCGUUAGGUGUGGAGGUGAGAUGAGCCGUCACGCAGCCUCCCCCACAUUCCUCCUGACGCAGAGCGUGGCGGCGGCGGUGGCCGUGGUCGUGGCCUUCGCGCCGCUGUUCGCCGUGUGCCUGCAGGUGGGCGGCGGCGCUGACGAGAAUCACUUUGCCAUGUUCCCCGGGAAAGCCACGUGGGGUCCCAGUCCACUCGCAGGGGGCAGCCUCGCCGCGGGCACGGGGUCUCCCUUCGCCAAGGUGCUGUCGCUGCUCAGGCCUCGAGACACCAAGGUCGCGUCCUCCUCAUUCGCCGUGAAGGAAGUCAAGGUUGGGUUCCCGCCACUCUCCACGGAACCUCAGCCACUGCCCCGCCCCCAGCCACGCCCCCGCCCCAAUCCUGCCUCUGCGGGAUACACUGUGGCGGCGUCUCCACUCACCUCCUCGGGGCCUCUGGUGAUGCUGAGGGGCGGCAUCAAUGGUGACUCCCCCUUCGUGCUGACUCGCCUCCGCACAGACCGAUCCAGAGUCACCAAGCGCCUCAACUGAGUCCUUUCGCCACGCCCACCACCACCACAGCUACAGCCACCAGGGAACAGCGGCGCCGCAGUGUGAAGGGCGUUAUCAGACUGGGCUCUGUGGGCGUGGUGUAGCGACUGACUUCUCAGCUCAUUCCAAGUGGGCGUGGUGGGUGGGUGAGUCAAAGUGGGCGGUUCUGAGGACAGGGCACUGGUGUUGAGAUCGCGUGGGAACGAGUUCCCUCCUGCAGCAGCUGAUUUUUUGCCUCCUUGGUCCGGUACAGUCCCCCGCCUGCUUCUCUCUCCGCUGCGAAACAAUGAAACUAACAACUGUCGUCAGGUAGCGUUAUUUUACAAAGACUGCAAUGUUCUGUGAGGUCUGAGACGUGUUUUCUGUUUGCCUCAUGCUUUACAUUUCUGGGACUCUCGGGGAUGCUGUGAAACCUUUCCUUGCUACCAUAUUACCUUUAUGUAUGUUUAUUUCCUGUUUCAACUUAUUCCAACACAACUUGGUAAUUUAGAGCGUGUGACACCCUCAGUGCAGCGCAGGUGUGGGAGAUGUAUCAGAUAUGUCCUGUCUACAGUAUAGCCAUCACACUUACACACCUGAACAGAAAAGAUUGCAGUCAUGGUUAACAGUCGAGUAUCAUGCUAUACUAAGUUCUGCUGUGUUUAUUGUUGUUUCUUAACCCUGAGGUUCUCCUGUCUGUUCGGAAUCAGUCACAAGGAAACAGUCAGCAGAUCAGAGCACUUAGAGAUUAAAGGCAUUCUAAAACUUUUCCACGUCUAAAAUCUCAUCUUGUAAUACGAUCCAAGGAAAGUUGCAAGGGUUUUCAAGGAAGAAUUUUAUGAUUCUAGAGUGAGUUUCUCAAGGAUUAAGGAAUGCUAGUGAAGAAAAGCAUCCACGAAAAACAUCACCUAAGGAUCUUUGAAAAUUUGACGAGAGAAUUAUACAUAACACUUUUUUCCCUUUUUUUAUAUAAGAGAAAAUUCAGCCAAGGGGAGAAAGCAAUGGGGGAAAAAGAUUCAUUAAAGGUGCUAGCCCAUAAGAAAAGGACAGUUCGAAAGUAAAUCUAACUAGAAAAUUGUCUUUAACUCUCCAUCCUGAGUAUAAUAAUGGUAAUAACAAAGGAAGAUGAAAAUAAUACAGGGUGGAAAUGAAUGAAAACCUUUACUGUAUUUCUGACUAAAACCGUGCACUGCUUUUUUUCCACGUCCAGGCAGUAAAACCUCAAAUUAAUGUAAGGCAAUGAAAACUUCAAUGCCGGAAUCUGUAUUUUAAUUGUAAGUGCAAAAACUGUAAUGGAUUUUUGGUGUAUCUUUA